ACUUGCCAAAACCCGGAAGCUGUUCUUGUGGCGCGUUACUUUGGAGAGAAAGAUGUCCAUGAACCCCAUUAACGCCCAGCUGUCGUCCCUGAAGGCGUGUAUAAAUGACAUCAACACAGGGAUGAACAUCGUGUCUGAUGUCGCUCUGGAUUUGGUCGAAGCCCAAGCCACUGAUGACAGUCCAGGUCUGAAGAAACUGGAUCAGAUGAUCCGGGAAUGUGCUAAACUGGAUAAAGAGAUCGGCUGCUUUGUGGAUUCAGUCGAACAGAUGAUCAAUCAGGUGAGACAUGAACCUCCAGACGCCAUGUUUAAGCUGAAAGACUCUGUAAAGGAGCAAUUCACUGAACUCAUGGCUGCAAUGUCUGAUGCUGAAAUCGAACAGCACAACCAAGUGGUAGCCUUCAGAGACGGCAUCAAGAAAUCUCUGCAACAAUUAAACCAGGUGGCAGGCGGCAGCGUGGAGGAGGAGCUGGAUGAAGACAUCGCUGUAACACAGAGCCAGACGAACUUCACCUGCCCUCUUACUCAGGUUGAAAUGGUCAAUCCAGUGAAAAAUAAAAAGUGCCAGCAUUACUACGAUCAAGAAGCCAUUCUGUCGCUCAUAAAGACGAAGCAAAACAAUAAGAAGAAAUGUCGCUGUCCUGUGGUCGGCUGCGGAAACUCAGACGUCAAGCCAACGGAUUUGGAAUUAGACCCAGUUAUGAGGAGAAUGAUCCAGAACCAUAAGAGACAGAGUGGAAAGAGCUGAGCUGAACCAACACGGAAAUAUUCUUUUGCUCUAGUAGAGUUUUCAUGGUUCACUCAUCGAGCAAAGGCAAAAUAAUGUAAAUUUAGAUUUUUAAAAAAAUCUAUAUAUUUUGUGUGUAAUAUAUAUGUAUAUAUU